AUUUGAACUAACAUGUUCACAAAUCCGUGAAUCACAACAAUAUGGCUAACAAAUUCUUCGGUUUCGUGAUUUCCUGCCUGUUGGGUUUAUCAAUCACCGCUUUCGUGAGCGGUGACUCGUUCAAUUUGUCCCAGUAUCACCGCAUGCCCACGCUAACAGAAUAUGACGACUAUGAUCAAUGUUUGGAAGAUGUGCCCACUGGUCAAGUGGCAACCUACUGCAUCGUGCGGCUGGUCCUUAAACCAGACAACGACUCUAAACUAUGGCAUGAGAUUGAAGAAUUCUCCAAUGACCAAAGACAUUACAAUCAUCGCCAUUUGCAGCAUGGCGUCUGUGUGCGAGAAUGUUUAAAUACGGUGAAUCUCUUGUCCAAUGCAAGCAGGAAGGCACUCCGGGUGGAAAAGUUUGCCAUCGAUUAUCCUUACAUUUACGAUGUAAGCGUAUUCAAAGAUACGGAAACAAACCGCGAACGUUAUGCGGAGUUGCUCGACAUUUGCUUGAACAGCAGGCUGAAUGAAACCUUUCAAUUAAAGGCCUACACGGAAAUUGAAGUUUGUGAUAGAAGCGAUGAAUCCAUUGAAAUCGAUUGGCUUGACAUGCUGUUCCUAUUUGUGUGUCUGAUGCUAAUAGUUCUUGUCAUACUCUCAAGCUGGUAUGAUAUGAGUAUUAAUAAAAAGCGAGAUUCAACGCAUUAUCAGCUACCACUCGACACAAAAAGAAAAAUGUUAUACGCAUCGUUUUCGAUUCUUCGCAACUGGUACAAACUGACCGCUCGUUCCCAGAAUCAAUUGAUCAAGGAGCUCCGAUUCCUGCAAGCUAUUCGUUUCCUUACAAUGCACCUCGUAAUAAUGGGUCAUGCGGCACUUUUAUUUGCGGUUAUUCCCAAGCAAAAUACGGCUAAGAUGGAAAUGACUUACCACAACAUUGGAACAAUGAUCCUAACCGGUGGAGUACAAAUCACACAAACCUUUUUCUUCAUCAGCGGCUUACUGCUGACAAUCCACGUUAUGUCCUACGCUGACACUAGCAACUCGGGAAAACUUGGGUUUCCAUUUCUAAUGAAAAUUGUCUUAUAUCGCUACAUUCGUCUAACGCCUGCGUACGCCUUCGUGAUUUUACUACAUGCCACUUGGCUUUCGAAACUGCUGGAUGGACCAUUAUGGAAACUUGGGUCGGAAAUCGAGAGGACCUUCUGCCGGAGGAAUUGGUGGACCAAUUUGCUGUACAUCAACAAUUACGUCAAUGCAAAUCAACCAUGUGUUCAGCAUGGAUGGUACCUGGGAUGUGACUAUCAAUUAUUCAUUGUUGGAAGCUUGCUACUGAUACUGAUCAACAGGUUCCGUAGGUUCCUGGUUCCAAUAGUAGUGGUUACCGCGAUCGGAUCGUACGUCCUUCCUGCUUUGUUCAUCUACUAUCAAAAACUAGAAGCAGUAUUCGUGAUAACACUCGAAUCUCAACGAUUUACCAUGUUGUUCGACGAUUUAUAUUUGAAAUCUUACAUACCGCUGCAUGUCAACACAGGAAACUUCCUUGCCGGAAUUGUGACCGGCUUAAUCUACAUUCAUUUGCAAAAGAAGGCUAUUGAUCCUGUUCUGAAAAAGUGGUUUUGCAUUAUUUGGUAUCUUGUCUUUCCAAUGGCAAUAGUCAGUUUUCUUCUGAACUACAUUUUUUACGUGUAUGACUUUGAGAAACCAUCUCUGUGGAUGGCAGUCUACUUUCCAGUGAUGAAACAUUCAUGGGGUAUUUUCUGUGGUAUUUUUUUCAUCGGAAUUACUCACGGAAUACAGCCGGUACUGAAACGGAUCUUUGAUUUUCGAAUUUUCGAGCCUCUGGGACGAAUGACCUAUUCCGCCUAUUUGGCUCACGUAUUCGUGAUGCGAUUGAUAGUUUUGAGUAUCCGAUCUCCGAUUCAUUUCAGUGUGCUUGGAAUGACAACGAUCCACUUUGCCGCCGUAGCAUUUUCCUAUCUCAUGGCAAUACUACUAUGCUUAACUCUAGAAGCACCGGUUGCGUCGUUGCAGAAGCAGUUUUUGAAUUCGGUGAGAGCUACACAAAACGAAUAA